AUGCCCUUCAUGGAUUUGAAAUUUGGAAUGAUCUUCCUAUUCCAGAUAGGCAUUGGAAUCCUGGGAAAUUUCUCACUCUUAUAUCAUUAUGUGUUCCUGUACCUCACUGGAUCUAGGUCAAGGUCCACGGAUUUGCUUUUCAAGCACCUGACUAUAGCCAACUCCUUGGUCAUUGUCUCAAGAGGAAUCCCAGAGACAACGGCAGCUUUUGGGUUGAAAGAUUUUCUCAAAGAUUUUGGAUGCAAACUUGUUUUCUCUGUUCACAGAGUGGCAAGAGGUGUGUCCAUGGGCACCACCUGCCUGCUGAGAAUCUUCCAGGCUGUAGCAAUCGGUCCCAGCAACUCCAAGUGGGCAGAGCUUAAAGUAUGAGCCCUAAAGUUUAUUGGUCCUGCCAACAUUCUCUGCUGGAUCCUAAACAUGUUGCUAAAUACGAUGGCUCCUAUGCAUUUGACUGGCAAAUGGAACAAUAAAAACAUCACAAAAACUAUAGAUUUUGGAUACUGUUCUUCUAAACUUCAUAACAAAGACACAGACUUACUAUUUAUGGUAUUGGUAUCCUCCCAUGAUGUUUUGUGUUUGGGACACAUGACCUGGGCAAGUGGCUCCAUGGUGUCCAUUCUGUACAGGCAUAAGCAACGGGUCCAGAAGAUCCUUGGGAAGAAUGUAUCCCCUAGAUCUUCCCCUUUGACCAAAGCUACCCAAAGCAUCCUUGUACUGGUGAGCACCUUUGUAUGUUUUUAUACCCUCUCCUCCAUCAUUUAUUUUUAUUUUAUUCGUGUCCAUAAGACCAUUUGGUGGCUGGUGAACAUCUCUGCCUUAAUCAAUGCAUGUUUCCCAACUGCCAGCCCCUUUCUUCUCUGGAGAUGUGUCCCCUGUAUAUCCAGGCACCUCUGUGUGUGUACCAGGAAAAGUGCAGCUACCUCAUCUCCUCAGAACAAUGUAAAUAGUCUGAUUUUCAUCAUGUUUAUUCCAUUUUGUCCUCAUUCUUCAUAG